AUGACCAGCGUCCCCGUCCCAGAUCUAGGACCAGGACCAGGGCCAGGAUCAGGACCAAGCGAAUCCACCAGAAUCCCGCCCAUCCACCCCUCAAACCCUCCCCGCCACCUCACGGGCAACCAGCCCUUCACCGACGCCCUCGCAUCCGCCGUCGCGCGCCGCAUCUCCGAGUCCCAAAAACCCACCUCCGCUAGCACCGGCGCCAGCACCAGCACCACCCCGAGCGCCAGCCUUCUCGCGCUCGACCAAGCACUCCUCUACAGCCCCGCCCUCACGCGCGGAUGGAACGCGUUCUUCAGCGCGCUGCGCACGGGGUGCACCGCGGCUGUCGGAGACGACCUGCGCGAGCUCAUCAUGUGCCGCGUCGCGGCGCUGAACCGCGCGCGGUUCAUGUGGGCGCAGCAUCGCGCGCUGCUGGCGCGGGCGUGGGCCGCGCGGCUCGGAGCGGGAGCGGAGGCGGAAGCAGAGGAGAAGGAGAAGGCCAGCGGUGUGCUAGCCCUGCUCCAACACGCACCACCGCACGCAUUCGCGCCCCCAUCCGCCCCAGACCCCACCUCAGAACCCCAAACCGCCCAGCAGAACUGGCGCGCUGAAGGCGCACAGCUGGGGAUGGACGAGAGGGUGCUCGCGGUGCUCGCAUACACAGACGCGAUGACGAGAGACGUCUCCGUUUCCGAUGCCGUCUGGGCUCAGCUCAAAACCGCGUUCACCGAUGAAGGUGACGGGCUGGAACAGGUGCUGGUGGAGAUGACAGGUAUCAUUGCGGGGUAUAACUGCGGCUCGCGGUUCUUGGUCGCGCUGGAUGUCGGUGGAAUGAAGGAUUGGGACAACGCCAAUGAGUAGGGUUUUUCAUUGUGGUGUUUCAACGUGCAGAGAAAUGGCAAUAUGCCCGAGAACCAAGAUUCAAGACAAUCC